AUGACUGAUGAAUUCAAUCGAUAUUAUAUCAAAAUUCGAGCUAUUUUGGGAAUAGAUUCAAAAACAAUCUUUGACGAACUUACAGAGGCAUUGGGACCUGAUGCUCCAUCAUAUCCAACAGUCAGAAGAUGGGCGAAACGUUUUCGUGAAGGAAGAGACGAUGUCACUGAUGAUCCUCGAUCUGGUCGUCCGAUUUCGGUACUUACAGAUGAAAAUGUUGAACGCGUUCGACAAGUUAUCGAAGAUGAUCCACACUCAACUUAUGAUGAUAUUAUGGGUGAGACUGAUCUAUCACGUGGUACAAUAGAACGAAUUAUUCAUGAUCGUCUAAAGAUGAGAAAAGUUACAUCACGUUGGGUUGCUCAUCAACUUACUGACGAACAAAAACAAAAACGACUUAGAAUUUGUCGUCAAAAUUUAGAGAAAUUUAGAAAUGGAACAUGGCAUUUAUGUGAUGUUAUUACUGGUGAUGAGACAUGGAUUUAUCACAGGCAGAUUGGUCGAAAGUCAAGCAAUGCUACUUGGGUUGGCGAAAAUGAACCACCAAGAACCAUUGUUCCAACAGUACACAUUCUAGCCAGAAGGGAUAUAUUCGAAUUAUUCCGUCUAGAAUGGUCAACAACUAGCAGCAUGAAUAAUAGUAGAUCCCGACACAAAGCAUCCGUAUUAACAAAUGGAAAAGUGUUAGUGGCUGGCGGAUGGAGUAAUGGUGCUUUGGAUAGUGCUAAGUUGUAUGAUCCAUUAACAGAAACUUGGACAAUUAUUGAUACUAUGAAUAAUACACGAGAUUUUCACACAAUGUUCAUAUUAACAGAUGGAAAAGUAUUAGUUACUGGUGGAUAUACUGAUAGUGCUCUAAAUAGUACCGAGUUGUAUGAUCCAUCAACAGGAAUUUGGACCACUACUAGUAGUAUGAACCAAGGACGAUCUGAUCAUACCGCAUCCGUAUUAGCCAAUGGUAAAGUGUUAGUUAUUGGUGGAAACAAUAAUCACGGUGCUCUAAACAGUGCUGAAUUGUAUGAUCCCUUAACAGAAAUUUGGACCACUACUGAUAACCUGAAUGAUGCACGAUAUGACCACGCAGCAUUCGUAUUAACAAAUGGAAAAGUGUUAGUUACUGGUGGAGAUAUGGAUCAUGAUGAGACUUUAAACAGUGCUGAACUAUAUCAAUCAUUUCACAUAAAAUUAACUCUAUAA